UCUGGGGAAUGGCGAGCGGCCAAGAGCCGAAACUAACCCAGGGCCUGCGGACCCUCGGCUUUGAGGUGCCGCUCACUGAGGAGCAAAGAGAGUUCAGCGAAUACCUAAGGAUCCGGAGAUGGACCCUGACAGUCUGCGCCUGUGCACACGCCGUCUUUUACUGCCGGCUACUGACCGCAGUCAGAUGCAAAAUAAUCGAUGGAGUCCAUUUUCCAAACUCCUGGAUGGCGAAAUACCAGAUCCUUAAGUUUAACAGAGGCUGUCUGAGAAUUGGGGUGCUGGGCUGUGGCCACUUCGGGAAGCAACUGGUAUUAUCCUUACUUCAGUUGACGGAGCUGACUGCAACAUGUAUUACUGUCUCCACCAGGAGACCAGAAAAACUCAGUGACCUCUCAGAUUUGGGAGUCAAGUGUUUUUACGACAACAAACGACUGGCAGCCUCAGUGGACGUGAUGUUUCUCUGCUGUCUACCAUCUCAUCUGUCAGCUGUUUCUUCUCAGAUUCACGGCUGCAUUGCUGAAUCCUGCAUCGUGUACAGUCUUGUAACUGCAGUGCCUGCAGCAAGACUCAAGAACCUCCUGGCACACAGUAGCAUUGUGAGGCCACAUUAUUUCUUCCAUACAAAAAGUGCCUGGCCUAGACAGUGGAGGAGUGGCAGAACUCCUGUUGAAGCUCUAAAGGUUCAAGAAAUUAUUGAAAUGACAUCACCAUUUAAAAAAGCUUAUAUUUCAUGUCUGGACCCCAAGUGGUUUGAAGAAGUAAUGUAUUCUGUCCUGAAUGUCUUCCAUUUGCUGAAAGUGCCCUAUCAUAUCUCACUGGACAUACUCAAUGAACUCCUCUUCAGCCCUUCAGAAGGUGUGGAAGCACUUGACAACCCAACAUUGUUUUCUCAAGAAAGCUUUGUCAACGCAUCCUGCAUUCAGUCACUGUCGUAUAGCAGCCCAUUCCCCUGGUUCAACCUGGCAUCUGUGUCCAUGAGAGACACCCCCCUUACAAAGUUCUUCUUGUUACAUCCACGUGUGCAACAAAACUUAAGCUUCAUAUACCGGAUGUCUUUGCUAAGGAGGAAACAACUGCUUGAAUUUAGUGAUUGCUGUGGACGCUGA